AUGACCGAUGACCAUGCGAUUGGGGAGAUUGUCUCCAACUCUACGAGGAAGUUCUCGUACUCAGGUGCUUGCCAUGCUGCAAAAUCCAACGAUAAGAGAUCAAUCAAGAGCCAGUUUAAUCUGAAAGACCUGCCGAAGAAGAAGCUAGGUGCAGAUGGUCUGCCGCUUCAAUCUCUCGGUGCAUGGAGGCCGGAUACUGAGAUAUCCAACCUCAGCUCGAAAUCACAUACGGAUACAGGUCAGUGGUUUCUUCAGUUCCAUAAAUACUUGCAUACACAAUGUGGCUUACAUCUCACGAAUGUCUUACCUCCAGUAGCUGAAGUAUCUCUUUCUGCAAUCGAUGAAGAAGCUCAAGUGGAAAAAGCUAUAGAAGAAGGAACCAUACCUAGCUCUACACUUGCUAGAGAAGUCUACACAAACUGGCUAAGAUUUCCUGAUUGUAUACUUCUGACAAGGGUUGGAAAAUUUUACGAAUCAUAUUUCGAACCCGCUCGACAUCUAUCUUCUAUUCUCAAUAUCAAGCUCGCUCAGAAAUCCUAUAAAAUCAGAGAUCCUAAAUUCCGACCUAGUAAACCUGGAGAAUCACCACCUAUGAUAGAACGUAAAUUUCCUUUUGCCGGAUUCCCAGUGGCUGCUUUAGACAAGUAUCUCAAGGUUUUAGUUCAAGAGCUUGGACAUACGGUUGUAUUGGUAGAAGAAUAUGAUGAGGAAGGAGCUAUUGCGUUUGUGGGUAAAAAGGUUACUGCAUCAAUUGGAUUAAAAGAAAGAAGGGUUUAUCGAGUUAUUACUCCUGGUACGAUGAUUGAUGAAGGUUGGUUAGAUGGAAGUGAAUCAAGAUACCUUCUUGCUAUCGCUAUGGGGAAAGAAUCUUUGAAUCAUGCCGAUCAAGAAGGAGGAGGAAUGGCACUUUCCUUGGCUUAUACAGAUCCUUCAACUGGUGAAUUCUUUACUAAAGAAACUACUCUGUCAAAUAUGGAAGAUGAGUUAGCUAGAAUAGCACCUCGUGAGAUUGUACUUGAUCAAUCGUUAAAAUCAAACUGGACAGGAAACAGUAAUACAUCGAGUAGUGAAUUGGAUGAAGGUAUUUCAGAGUUGAUGAGUUUACUACAGAUUCUUGGAGUUCAUAUAUCAUUUGCGAAUCCACAUCAAUCACCUCCUCUAUGGGGGACCGAUGACCUCCCUUCCGAUUUAGAUACCAAGUCUAGGUCUACAGAGAGUAUGGCUAUUGCUUUGUUACGAUAUCAGCUUCAAUAUGCUUUGAGAGAUUCAAUGCCUUCUUUAAGUCAACCUAGCCGACAAAAUAAUCAAGCUCAAAUGCAAAUUGAUGCUGCUACUUUGCAAGCUCUAGAAAUCCGACAUGCUCUUCGUCCAGGUGGCUUAGUAGCUAUUGGAGAACGACAAAACGUUUCACCUCUGUCAAGUAGAGGAACCUUGUUGUCUGUCAUAUCCAAAACCAUCACUCAAUCAGGUCACAGAUUAUUAAUUCGAACUUUGACUUCACCUUCUACUUGUUUGCAAAUUAUCAACGAUCGAUUAGCACUUGUUCAAGCUAUGUAUGAUCGAGAGGAUCUUCGGGAAGAGCUAAGAGACAGUUUGAGAGGAAUGGAAGAUGUAAUGCGUAUUGUGCAGAGGUUUAGGGGACAAAGAGGAAGUAAUAGGGAUAUAUGGGAUGUAGGCCUUUGGAUAAGAACAGUUGAAGGUCUACUGAACAGAAUCAAGGAUGAGGUCAACUAUGAGAAACAUUCUAUUCAGAGUGACGGGAUCAGAGAAGGGAUGGAAAGGCUUCAAAAUCUCAUCGAGAAAUUCGAACCAUUGGGAGACUUGGCUGAGAAGAUCGAAAUUUCGAUUGACGAAAAUGCUAUUAUGCGGAGUAUAUCACCUGAGGAAGGCGAUGAGAGCAUGGAAGAUGCCGGAGACGCUAUGUUGGUGGAUGAAGGGGAAAAGUCAACGAUCAAGGAAACGAAAGAAACGAAGAAAGAGAGGAUUGAGAGGGAAAAACAGGAAAAAGAGGAUAGACAAUGGUGGAUCCUUCCUACAUUUUCCGCUGAUUUGCAAAGAUUGCAUGAUGAUCUUGCCUUGCUCAAAAUUCAAAAGGAUAAGCUACAAGCAGAUCUAAUAAAACGAUAUAAUGCACCAAGUAUCAAACUCCUCAAAGGUAUUCGAUACGGAUAUCAUGUUCAAAUCACUUCGACUGAUAUCUCAAAGGUUGAAAAGGCUAGAUCGUUAGAGAGAAUCGGCGGCACAAGUGGUAAAAUUGCAUAUUAUGCGUACGGCCCAUGGUCAGCUCUAGGUGGCAAGACUGAAAUAGCUAUUGAAACUCUUUCAAUGGCACAACGGAGAGCUGAGAGGGAUCUGCGCAAUAUGGUCAUCGAAGGAUUUGAGAAAAUCCAACGAAAUGCAGAAUUGAUUGAUGAGAUCGAUUUGACAAUGAGUUUUGCUCAAAAUGCCAGAGAAAUGGGUUGGGUAAGACCUGAAUUGAAUGACUCCAAUGAGCUACACAUAGUGGCAGGUCGACAUCCUUCAAUUGAAUCAUCUUUACUCUCAUCAGGAAGAACGUUUACUCCAAACAACACAACAAUGAAACCUUCUUCGCAUCUACAUAUCAUCACGGGACCAAAUCAAGGUGGUAAAUCAACAUUACUUCGACAAACAGCUUUGAUCACUAUUUUAGCUCAAAGUGGAUCAUUCGUCCCUGCUACCAAAGCUACAAUCGGAAUUGUCGAUAGAGUAUUCAGUAGAGUAGGCGCAAGAGAUGAUUUAUGGAGAGAUAGGAGUACUUUCAUGCUUGAAAUGGUCGAGACCGCUUCCAUCCUUAAGCACGCCACAAACAGAUCAUUAGUUAUAAUGGAUGAAAUCGGUAGAGGUACAACUCUACAAGCUGGAGUUUCGAUUGCCUACGCUACUUUAGAUCAUAUACUAGAUCAAAUCAGAUGUAGAACAAUGUUCGCUACUCAUUAUCAUGAAUUAGGAAAGAUGUUGGGGUAUAAUGAUGACAAAAUAGCUAGCGAUGGGGAAAUCGGGGCGAAAGGAAGAGAAGGGGUACAAUAUUGGUGCACAGAUGUCGAUGAAGUCGACGGCGAUUUCUCGUAUUCAUAUAAAUUGAGACCUGGGAUCAAUCAUCAUUCCCAUGCUAUCAAAGCAGCACGUUUAGCAGGAAUGCCAGAGUCGUUCUUGCAAAUUGCAGAGAGCACCCUGAAACAAGUUCAAGCAACAGGUCGAUUUGAUCCUCCAAACCACUUUGAUUAUUUUACAACACCGAUUUGGACACGCAGAAAUUGA